AUGUUGUUUAGGUUGGUCCCCGCGAUUCGGCUUGAGGGACGGUACGUGGUGACAUCACGUGGUGGGUUAGAUUGUCCAUCGGGGAUCGGUAGCUUCACUCCAGGGAGUUGUAUGAGGAGCGCAAACGCGAUGUUUCUUCCAAGAGGCCCUGGGCUGCUCUGCUCGUUGCGACAGACUCGUUUAUUCCCCUCACUUACAACCCGAUCCCUGUCCACAAAGGCCUACGACCCCCUCCGAAUACUGUUUUGCGGAUCCGACCAGCUAAGCAUAGCUUCGCUGAGAGCUCUUCACGCCGAGCAUGUGAAGCGCCCUGACCGCAUCGCAUCGAUUGAUGUCGUUUGCAGACCUGCCAAAAGGGUAGGAAGAGGCUUGAAGCAAAUACGCGAAGUCCCGAUCAAAGCUGUCGCAACUGAAUUGUCACUACCAAUACACGAGAUCGACACCUUUACAGGCUGGAAGCCCCCAGUUUUCCCAGACGGGCCCAUCAACCUCAUAAUUGCCGUCUCGUUCGGUCUGUUUGUGCCUCCGCGAAUUCUCAAUGACGCCAAAUACGGUGGUCUCAAUGUCCAUCCCUCGAUACUUCCAAACUUCCGUGGCCCUGCACCCCUCCAUUAUACUCUUCUAGCUGGCAAAACCACCACUGGAGUCACCCUUCAGACGUUGCAUCUUCAACACUUCGACCACGGGGCAAUCGUUGCGCAAACACCUCCUCCAGGAUUUGAGAUACCAAACCCCGAUUCGUGUACUGUCCCACAGCUCCUAGACCUCGUUGCCCCGAAGGGCGCUGAGAUGCUGGUUGAAAGCAUACAGAAAGGGUCUUUUGUCCCCCCUGUUGAGGACGCAGGCUGGUAUUCGCCUGACGAGAAACAUAACCUUACCCAUGCGGCUAAGAUAAGAACGGAAGAUAGGCACAUUGACUGGGCCAAUUGGACCUACACGGACAUUAGCAGACGGCAUAGGGUACUGGGACCGCUGUGGAGCAAGUCCCUCGUUGUCAGCGACAGCUCUGGCCCCAACCCAAUAUUCCAACAACGAAGAGUCAUCUUCACUGAAUUUGAAGAGGCAAAACCGCUUAAGGGAAGCGAGGCAUUUGCCUUGGUUCCGGGGCUACCGUUCGUAGACGGCGAGCAUACAGUCAGGCACGAUUCUGGGCAGGGGGUAUAUGUUUAUACACGAGACGGAACGCUGAUCAAAGUCCAUCAAAUGAAAGUGGAAGCGCAGCAAAAUGCACCUGCUCUCAGGGCUGCUUUAAAGGCUCGCAUGAUAGGCAGCCGCACUUUCUCUUCACACGACGCUUCAUUUGCCCCCUUCCACAAUCCUCUUUGCUGA